CUUCACUUUACAACGGUUACUGGAAUCGCACAUACUUGCUGCGCAUUCAUAGUGCUUAGUCUAUCAUGUAUGUAUUCCGGCACGGCUCUGUCUCCUUGCUGCUUUCUUUGCAGGCUUUACUAGCAAGUGCAGUCACUCAGAAACUCAUUGACUAUCCCCAGAAGGAUUCCGAAGAAAGUUCUCCGCCGGUUGAGGAGUACCGAGACACGGAAAUAGUGGAAGUUGCGAAUUCAUCUACAGUUGAGAUUGAAGCCUCAGAGGAUACAAUCGUGGUGUCAGAGAAUUGCAAUUUCACAUUAUCGUACUACGAUUCUAACAACACCUCAGUCUACGCUGUUAUUGUCCUGAUGGGUUGUCGUACCAGCGCUAUGGAUGUCUGGAGCCGAAUGAUCCGGAUUUUGAUCCGGAUUUGAUGUUUGCUCCGCCUCCCCCUCGGGAAUGGCAAGCAGUGUUGGAGACUAACCAAACUUUACCGAUGACCACGGCCGAGCAAGAGAUGUCCACGACCACCACAUAUGAGCCCACCCCCUGAGUUUUUUUUUCUCAAAAAACCCUGAGUUAGCUACUAAUUAGUACUCAAGAUAACAGUUUCCCAAUACUAACUUAUCUCUUGAUGCGACCACGUCCGGAAUGAUUGUAGGCUCACUGUCUGUCUUAAUCAACGGGCUUUUUUUUAUCGAGCUCUGUAAUUCUCAGAUUUGCAAUGCAUGAUGUUUUUGGAUUGAAUGUUGGAAUCAUUGUGAAGCUGUAAAUAAGCAAAUAACAAAAUAAGCGAAAUUCAAACCCUAAUAUUUGAGAUUUUCGCUUAAUUGCCAAAAUAGAUCAGCAGGAACCUAGUAAUUGUGACGAAGAAGCCAAUUUAGACCUAAUUCGCAAACAUCGGUGAAGAAUAUGUUUUAAAAACGAUAAUUAACGGAGUUUGUGACCUUAUUAAGCAAGAUUUUUUUGCUUUUGAAAUCUUCGCAGAAUAAAGCAGUGC